CGCAAAGUCUCAGACAAGUGGAUCCUCAUCUUCCUCGGAGCCCGUACGAUCCAGAUUCCAGAAGCAGUUGCAUCGCCAUUUCGAUUUCGCCAUGGCCGGAAAUGGCCUCUUUUCAGUCUAGCGCGAAGAAGCGUGUGCGCCCCCACAGGGAAGGAAAUAAACCCGCAGGCGCAGCGCUUUCAGCGCAGGCCACGAGCUCCCCAGCGAAAACCCAAAUCGAGCUCCCUCCUCCCUGCCCAGCCCCCAGAGAAGAAGGGGGGCGCGUGCUUUGGCAAGCGUCGAUCCCUCCCGGCGCCGGCGACGGCGAUGAGCUCCGGCGCCGAGGUGAUCGAGCUCUCCAGCGACGACGACGAGGGGCCCGCGCCCGGCACCACCGCCCUCGCCCGCCGCGCCCCGUCCUCCCCGCCCGACGUCAAGCCGCACCUGCCCGCCGACGCCGAUGUGAAGCCGCUGCUGCUCCCGCUGCCGCUCCACCCCCCGGGCUACGGCGCGCUCGUGCCCGUGAAGACCGAGGACCCCGUGCCCGUGCCCGUGGCCACCGCCUCGCCGCCGCCCAGGGCGCUCCCGCCGCCGCGCCUCUGCCGCCAGUUCUGGAAGUCCGGCGAUUACGUCGUCGCGUGCCGCAACCCCGACGCGAACGCCCCUGGUGGGCGAAACCGGCUCCGGAUAAACCCCAAGUUCCUGCACUCGAAUGCGACUUCCCACAAGUGGGCUUUCGGAGCCAUUGCUGAGCUUCUUGACAAUGCAAUCGAUGAGGUGAACAAUGGGGCGACAUAUGUCCGUAUUAAUAAAUUUACAAACCCACGGGAUGGGAGUCCCUCAUUGUUGGUUCAAGAUGAUGGAGGGGGGAUGGAUCCUGAGGCACUGAGACGUUGCAUGAGCUUUGGAUUUUCGGAUAAGCAGUCUGAUGCUUUCAUUGGACAAUAUGGAAAUGGUUUCAAGACUAGUACGAUGAGGCUUGGAGCAGAUGUGAUUGUUUUUACACAAAACCAAAAUAACUGGACGCCGACUAGAAGUAUCGGCCUUCUUUCUUAUACAUUUUUGAUGGAAACAGGUUGCGACGAUGUGUUGGUGCCAACGGUGGACUAUCAGUACGAUCUAACAACCGCUUCAUAUAUUCAGAUGUUGCGUCAUGAUCAGAAGCUCUUCUCUUCUAACCUGGGAAUCCUUCUUAAAUGGUCCCCUUUUGCUAGUGAAGCUGAGUUGCUUAAACAAUUUGAUGACAUGGGAGAGCAUGGAACAAAGAUAAUUGUAUUCAACCUCUGGUUCAACGAUGAUGGGGAUAUGGAGCUUGAUUUCAACUCUGAUGAAAAGGAUAUCCUCAUUACUGGGGCACACAAGAAGUUGAAAACAAAUAAAGCAGAGAAGAUCGCCAAACAGAACUACGUUUCAUCUCGGCUUCGCUAUUCUCUUAGAGCGUAUGCAUCUAUCCUGUAUCUUCAUGUACCUGAUAAUUUCAGAAUUAUCCUUCGUGGAUGUGAUGUGGAGCCACAUAAUAUAGUUAACGAUUUGAUGUAUCGUGAGUGCGUGUUGUAUAAACCGCAAAUUGCUGGACUUACAGAGUCUUCUGUAAUCACGACCAUUGGAUUUGUUAAAGGUGCUCCAGACAUUGAUGUACAAGGAUUUAAUGUAUAUCACAAAAAUCGUUUAAUAUCGCCCUUCUGGAAAGUUGCAAACAACUCGUACGGGAAAGGGCGAGGAGUUGUUGGCAUUCUGGAGGCCAACUUCAUUAAACCUACCCAUGAUAAGCAGGAUUUUGAGAAGUCUGUCCUUUAUCAAAGGCUUGAGAUUCGCUUGAAAGAAAUGACCUAUGAAUACUGGGGCCUUCAUUGCCAUCGUCUUGGUUAUGACAACAAAAGUUUACCUAAAGCAACCCGUGCACUCCAUCGUGCCAACCAUAUGAAUGCUCGCAGUUCCCCAAUAAGUGCUCCACCUCGGUUGCUUGCGGCUGAUAUUCCAACAAGCAGCUGUGGUAUACCUAGAUUAUCAGCCUCUGCAGCAAGGGAAAAGAUCAAUAGUCUUGAGUCUCAUUCUAAGAGCAAGAUGGGAUUGAAGAGGAAGUUUGAUUCCGCCAUGACGGAUAGUGCUGAUCAGGAUGGGCUAGAUCAUACGAAUGGAGUUGAUGUUUCUCAACGGAAACGGUUUAAUGAAUACAGGACUUUGACCCUGGAGAAUGACAAGCUACGUAAAGAAUGCUUACAAUACGAGGAAUCAGAGAAACAACUUGUAAUGAAGGAACAAAAGCUCCGCUCUGAAAUUGCUGAGGCAAAAAAGAAGUAUCAGGAGUUGUUAAAAGAGCUUGGAUCAUUGGAUGUGAAGGAAGAGAAAUCGUGAACAAUUUUCUCCACUUCUGUGCCUGCGAUGAUUGCUCUUCUAACUUCUCACCUGACUUGUGAAGAUGAUGACUCGCUUACUUUCCAGACCUGCAGUAUGGGAAGAACUGGCCUCUGGACAACUGAUAUCUACCGAUUACCGUUCACUCGGUACUUGGUAGGGAUGUACAAUUUUGUGUCACUAAUCUUUGUAGGGUCUCUGUGAUGAUGGAAAGCGAGCAUGUACUGUGUUGUACAAUUAUGGAACAUUUAUCGGAGUGUACAGCAGCUGUUUCAUGAUAGAGUUAGAAUUAGGCUUCUACUGUUUAGUAUGGAUAGUGUUUUAACAUUUCGCCAUGGCGAUCCUAAUCUUUGUUAUUUGAUGAGUUACGAUGGAUAAAGCCUUUGUUCUUCA